AAACGACUACCAGAGGUCGUCUUCAGCGUUGUAAAAUAGAAGAUUCGCUGUGAUUGGUCGUUGCAUACUGUACGUUUUGUGAGUUAAAAAGUGAGGAAAAAUCAUUUUAGAAUAAAAAGUUUAUGAAAACAUAUAAAUUGUUGUUAAAUAGUGGACAUUUUUUACAAGUUAAACACAAGUGUUUGUGGUUUUUCGAUGGUGUAUAAAAUUUCGUGCUGAUAAAUAAGUUUUAUCGUCUUAAAGUGAAAAAUCGUUUUUCAUAAUGGCGGACUCGUUUGAGCUUGAGUUUUUGACUGGGAAGCCAUCAAUUGAAUAAGCACUAAAGAACCAGCUUUUGGAGGAAGGUUUUCUUCAAAUUUUCUAUAUUGUGCGCUAUUUAUUUUUAUAGAAAAUUAUUUUAAAAAAUAAUUGUCAACGAAUAUAUAUUAUAUUUAAAAAAAAUAUUGACCAAAUUGACUUGGGCAAAAUAUGAGUGGACGGGGUAGUCGAAAGCGGGGUAGACCUCCGAAGACGCCAAAUGAGCGCGCUGGAACCAAAUUUAAUUAUCAGCUGUUGAAGAAGCCAAAAUAUUUGAGCAAAGCUUGUGAUUCUCAGUUGAGUACUCCAUCGGCUUCGCGCGCUUCUUCGCCUCAGGAGAGUGAUGGUAGCCGCAGCUAUAAUCGGAAAUCCACUAGCAAGAGCACUAGGGGCAGGUCACGUAAAUCUACCAGCAGCACGGUUAAUGUUAGUCGAAGAGGAGGAUAUGAAUCUGAGUACCAUUAUGGGUCUGAUUUUGGAGACUCCAGCGAAAAGAGUGACAUAGAUGAUGAAUUACUCUGUUCAGCUACCGAUGAAGAGAGUCUUGAUGCUGUUAAUGAAAGUGAAUCUGAGUUCUCUGUAUGUAGUUUUACGCAAAAUGGUGUCGGUCGUCCACCGCGACCACCAAGUCCUGAUCCAAUUUGGCUACAGGACCGUCAAUAUGAACCCCUAGAAAUACCAAUCAGUUCAGAAGAUUUAUUAAUGAAAAAUGAAUUUUUACUUAAGGCUUUAAGUAUAUAUGAAGUUUUAAGAAGAUUUCGCCACCUGGUACGUUUGUCUCCAUUCCGUUUUGAGGAUUUUUGUGCCGCUUUGACAUGUGAUGAGCAAAGCGCACUUAUUGCUGAUGUACACAUUAUGUUAUUAAAAGCAAUUUUGCGUGAAGAAGAUGUACAGGGAACGCAUUUUGGACCGCUUGAUCAGAAAGACACGGUAAACAUUUGUUUAUACCUAAUUGAUGGCAUUACCUGGCCCGAGGUACUUCGCAGCUAUGUGGAAAGCGAUACAAUUUUCAACCGCGAAGUAUAUAACAUCCUAUGUGCUGGUGAUUACCCUUUUACAGGUGUAAACGAUCGACUCACUGUUUUAGAAUUUUUGACAAGUCAAUUUUUAACAACGAAUGCUGUUCGUGACGUAAUGUUACAAGAAGGUCCAAUACACUAUGAUGAUCAUUGCCGAAUUUGUCAUAGAUUGGGCGAUUUGUUGUGUUGCGAAACAUGCCCAGCCGUCUACCAUUUGGAGUGUGUAGACCCGCCGCUACAUGAUGUACCCACAGAGGAUUGGCAAUGUAAUUUGUGUAAGUCACAUAAGGUUAGUGGUGUGGUUGAUUGUGUGUUGCCACAGGAGAAACAAGGUGUACUCAUACGACACGAUAUACUCGGCUUGGAUAGACAUGGGCGCAAAUUUUGGUUCAUGGCUCGCAGAAUCUUUGUCGAAGGUCAACCCGAAUAUGACAGCGGGAAAAUUUGGUACUACAGUACUGAGUCGAAAUUAGAUCAAUUACUAAGCAUUAUCGACAAGGAUGAUUUGGAAUCGGCACUCUAUAACCAAUUAAUAGAACGAAAGGAUGAGAUAGUACGUCAAAUGAAAUUAACGGAGUCUAUUACGAAAGAGCAUAAUAAAUACCAAAGGCUAUCUUACAUUGAUGAAGAAAAUAAGAAAACCUGGGCAUUACUACGUGGUAAUGAAGACGAUGAUGCACAAAUGAAUGAAAGUGGCACAGAAAGUAAGAUGAUGACUCGUCUGAAAACAAGUCAAAAUGCAAACGAUCUUUCUCAUUUUAAAUUGGGUAUGGAUCAUGGUUUUAAAAAUUACGUAAAUCAAUACACAUCUAAUCCGAUUGCUUUAAAUAAGCCUCAACGUAACGAGGAGCGCGAUAAACGUCGACAUCUAUCGCAUAAGUUUUCACUGACCACAGCCUCAGAGUUUAAAUGGAUUGGUGUAACGAUGGGUAGUUUGGAUACUAUUACACAGACAUUGCGUCAAACCCUACUAAAUUUUGAAGAGACUGUACCUUCAUCAUUUUUGAUUCCGAAUUGGCGAUUUAUAAAGUGGAAAUGGCGGCGUACAGUAACUGAUGCACGGCGUCCAACGGAAUUCGUCAUAGUAUUAUUAUUACUCCAAGCAGCACUUAAAAAUGUAAUUUUUGCAAAUGUUUGGCAUGAACAACUUGGCCAUCUUACUUUAUGUCGCAUAACAUCGGCCGAGCGUGAAGAACGCAAAAAGAUGGAGAAACGUGAAAAACGCGAGCGCGACGAUGAAGAGGAACGUAAUCGACUUGCUUUCAAUUAUAUCAAAUACUCUUUAGGACUAAAGCAUCAAGUUUGGAAGCAAAAAGGUGAGGAGUAUCGCAUACAUGGCCAAUGGGGCUGGAUGUGGUUAUCAACAAGUCGUCGUUGUGGUGUAGGCGGCAGCAAAAGUCGUCGCGCAUCAUAUCGACAUGGUUUGGCUAUACCCCCUGUAAAAGUGAAUGUUCACUUUACUAAGGGAAGUGAUGUAGAUGAAAUCGUUAGUGUGGAUCCACGUACCCACAAAUUUAUUUUGCAAUGCAAAGCGGCAGAAAGACGCGGUGCCGAUUAUCAUUAUUUACAGAAGUUCAGAGAUGUGCAGAUAGUAGAACUCAACAGUGUUAGCACAGAUGGUAGCAUUGGCGUAGGAAAUGAUAUUGGAACCAUUGAUGUCUCUAAAUCCUUAACCAUGCCUGGUAGACUCAUGUAUCCAAAAAUUGCGCGUAAAAGUCGACUUGACAAUUUACUUGCACGUCGCUUGGAAUUAAUGCAAGCUGAAGAAGAAUUGGCAGUAAAAACCGAGCAUGAUGAUGUUGAUACGCAAUCAACCACACAAUCGGAUGACACAAAAACAGAAGCUAAUAAGAAGGUAGGCAAACAAACAUUUCUGGAACGGCGUUUGAUGGAUAUUCAGUAUGUACAACAAAAAGACAUGCCAAGCAAAGAUGUUAAUCUAGAUUUAAUUAACUCUUUAGCGAAAAAAAUACAAACAGUUCGCCUGCAAUUUAGUCAGCUGAAUAGAUUCGCUAAGCAAUAUCGUUGCUACACAAAAGAGUGUAAUACAAAUUCGAAUGCAGUUUCGCAAAUAACACAAAACACUUGCUAUUCACCAUUAUGCCUACAGAAAGCACGCGCUAAGAAAGAGUUACUGCUGUUGUUGCGCAAAGCACACAUUGCUGGCAAAGGAUCCAAAGAGACAGUGGCUGCUAUUUUGGGUGCUGUGACGAAGCCAUCAAUACUUGAACAAAAACUAACCGAGGGCAAAAAGGAUGCAUCACUGGUUCGCGAUGAGUCCGAUGAUUGCCGCUUAUUGAUAGAUGAAAGCCCAUUGGAUUUAGUACAAGAUUGGGAACAUGCACGCGCUAUUGCAGUGCCAUAUGAUGAUAAGCUCUUGCAUGAUUGCUACGUACCGAAAAAUGAAGAAGAUCCCUCUGCCAAUGUAGUGAAAGAGGAAAACAUGCCAAUUGGGGCUAACAGUGAUGUUGGUGCCAGUGAUGAGCGUAUGGAAUUCAUUGAUAACAUCGAUGUGUGCAGCAAUGUUGAGGUAGAGAGCUCUGAAACUACAAAUGAUGACUCGUUAGCUGCGCUUACAGCUAGCAACGAUGGGUUAGGCAUGGACGCCUUACUCGCCAAAAAGUGUAAGAAAAUGCAAAAGUCGCGCAUCAAUAAAUCGUACAUUGCCACCAAGGAUGCGCUUAAUCAAACAUAUGAGAAGCAAGCCACAGCUUCAAAUGUCAAACAGAAUCGUAGAUUUCCCACACAACCACGUAUUGUCAAACGCGAAGAUGUUACAAAACAUGAAAAAGAAUACUAUCCGAAUGGUAGAGAACGUUUGUAUGCUGCGGAAUCACCUCGUGGUCGCAUUUACUUGUGGCGAGAUCCAGUAAUGCUACAACAGGAUCGAACUCAAAAUAAGAAGGAGGAGGUGAAAACUCAGGAACAGUCUAAGAGUUCACCUAUUGGAUCAACAUAUCCCUUAACAUCGCAAUUUCUAACUCACAAACUGAAAAUGAGUAUACUUGUACUGGCGCCAUACGAAUUAAAGAAAUUGGCGCGCGUUGGUGGUAAGGUAACUACAAAUGGUUUCCAUCAUCUAGCAAAGAAUAAUUCUGUGUGGCCAUAUCCAUGCUCGCGACCGUUGUUCAAAACUUGUUGGUCUUUUCGUACCAGUAAAGCGACAAAUCUGUCAACGGUAGCUUUGCAAUUACGUAUUCUCUGGUGUUGCCUUCGCUGGGAUGACAUGAUUGCCAAACCGCCAUCGGCUGAUGGUAAACACCAAGUUUCUAGUGAAACGGAGAUUGUUACGCAGGAGCUUUUGAAACUACGCCAUAUGGGCCGUUACGGUGAGCGUACGCAGUAUUUAAGACGCAAAGUCGUUGUGCCUCUGGAGAUGCCCAAGACCAUACGAGAAGUGACAUCGAUCCGAUCUGGUCUUCGGAAACGCAAACGUGCCGAGUCGCCACAACCAACGGAGCCGCAAAUAUCAGAGGAGUGGGUGGAGGAAGAAAAAUUAGAAUUGUGGGAGAUUAAACUAAUGGGCGAGCGCCAUGAAAAGAGCAGACAAGCAGCCAUGACGCGUUCAGUUGUCUUGCGACAAGCUGCCGAACAAGCAGCUGCUUCGCCAUCAUCUUCAUCUGCAUCCAGUUCUGGUGGUUCAAAUAGUUCUACAACUAAAGUGGUGAUAACUGCAAAGAGUAGUGAGGAAAUAAAGGAGAAAAUGGAACAACAAUUGAAACUACAACGUGCUGCGCAUCAACAGAAAAAGAACCCGGAAAAUACUAAAUUACAAACAGUGAAGGGCCAAAUAAUUGGCAGUCGACGUGUGAUUGUCAAGAACCCCGACGGCACAACACGUAUCAUACAACAGGCUAUCACAUCACCCGCUCAAAAGGUAGCUAAUACCGUUACACAAGCUUCAACUACUUCGAGUGGAAAUGUAAGUGCUACUACCGGCAGUGCACCAACGCAGCAAUCAUCUGCUCCACAACAACACAAAGUCCAAAUCAUACGCGGCCCCGAUGGUAAAGUAAGCGUAAGAGGCUUAAAUCCCGGUCAACAAUUAAUACAAAUGCCCGACGGCAAACUACAUGUACUAACAACAACGACAUCAUCAAGUGGCUCACAGGGUGUUGUCACGAAAAAAUUACCAGUGAAACAGGCAACUCCAACAAAUUCGCCUGGCAUUCUGAAACAAAUAACGGUCAAGCCUAUACAAAAGACUGUUCCAGUGCAAAGUACUCCGAAGUCUGUUGUCACACCUGUAAAUACCCAGUCCAAGCCUGCCACCCCGAAGGCGGUUGCGCAGGUUAUAAACCAACAUGUUGCCGUAAAUCCAACAGCAACUGUGCAAAAACUUGUUACACAAACAAUACCUUCUGUCAGUGCAAACAGCAGUGCAUCAACCGCUGCAAAAAUAGCCACAAGUUCACAAGGUAUUCCACAAUUCAUUGUUCAGCCUGGACAGAAGUUAUUAAUGGGACAAAACCAACAAGGACAAAAAGUUCUCAUAACUACCGGCGGACAACAAUUGACUCAACAACCUGUGGUUUCCAACAUGCAGAGCAUACAGCAACCACAGCCGCAGCAGCAGCCACAACAACAGAUUAUAGUUAACCAAACGCCAACUGCAGCAACAAAUCAAACCAGUACUGCACCACAACAAGCUGCCACCCAAAAAGUAAUACAACAAAUUGUGAAUACAAGUAAUGUACAGCAACAAAUUGUGAUUGGCGGCCAACGUAUUAUACUGAGUCCAGGCCAAACAAUAGUCACACAAAGAUCGGUGCCACAAAAUCAGACGGUUCAAGUUGUACAACAACAACAACCACAACAACAAAUUGUGCAAUCGACUACGACGCAACCCACACACCAGCAACAAGUAAUCGUGCAGGCGACAAGUCAACAGCCGAACCUCACGCAAGUGCAACAGCCGCAAACGCGAGUGGUCAAGCAGAUAAUGGUACAGCAGCAGCAGCAGCAGCAACAACAACAGACAAUACAAACUACAAACAAUCACAUCGUCGAGCAAAGCACACAGCCACAGCAACAAGUGUUGAAGGUUCAACAACAACAAACAACUGCAACACCUCAAACGGCGAAUCAACAACUUGUAGUUCAAAACUCCACAUUGGCACAACAGUUGGCCCAGGGUAAAUUACAGGUGGCAACUAUAAACGGUCAACAAGUUAUCAUAAGACCGCUAGGCAACAACCAAGCACAGAUUGUGGCGCACAUUAAGACGCAAAGCGAUGGCAAUGCGCAUAUCAUAACGAAUAGUACUUUGGAAACGCCACAACCAUCGCCAGAAAAAUCUGCACCGGCUGUAGUGCAGCAGCAGCAACAGGUACAACAAAAGACACAACCUCAGCAGCAAGUCAUACAACGUACAACUGUCACACAGCAAUCUCAACAACAGCAUAUAACAACACCGCAACAGCAACAGCAGCAACAAACAACUUAUAUAAAUCAAGAAAGUGUGCAGCAGCAUCAGACGGCGUCAACACCAACCAAGGCUAUGACAAUUGAAGAAAGCCUAUUACAGGGACAACCACCAGGCACGGUAAUCAAGUGUGUCACAGCUCAAGUCAUUCAAACCGAGCAAGGACCACGAAUUGUGCUGCAGGGUUUAGUCGGCAAUGAUUUUACACAACAACAGUUGGCGUUGGUUCAACAACAAGUAAAGCAACAGCUUUUGAAAGCACAAGAAUCCAGUGGCAAACAAGGCGUGCUUGGACCAACUAAAAUUUACUUGGCUGUCCAACCACCAAACGCUGUUUUGAACUCGCAACCGCCACCAUUAACACCAGUUCACCAAUCUUCACAUCAACAAGCGCCCUUCCUAGCUAAGACAACGGUGGCUGAACAAAGUAGCAGUAGCGUUGAAUUUAAUGCCAAUAAAAAUGAUGCAACAAAAAACCCAGAUAAGCCAGAUUCAACCAUCCUACAAGACAAUCAAAUUCAACAAAUGCCCCAAGGGAAUAGCACAAUAAUAAACAAUCCUACUGCGGUCACUGGAACUCAGGAUUUGAUUGUAACCUCACCUGGAUAUAUACAAAUAUCAAACAGCAAAAAUUUACUUACUAAAGGCAGCUCUAAUAUGAAUAUUGUUCACGAUGAACCACGUCAGCAGCUGGACAAGUCCACAAGUCAACAACAAACAAUACCCGGCACUCCGGUCAGCAGUGUUUCGAGCAAAAAGCGGCACUUAUACAAAACUAAAAAUGAGAAUGGUGACUGGAACCAGCAACAGCAGUUGCUGCAACGCACAUCGAAAAAGUCGAAUGUAAUAAACGAUCAGAACGUCAUCACCGCGUACUCGACAAACAAUACACUCAGGGAUAGCAGUGUUAAGCGGGGCGAUUUAUUGUUGCUCGAUGACAAUGAGCAGCGUAAUCAAGCAUUAAAUCAAACACUAGAGCGUCACAAAGAUCUCCUAAAGAAGAGUAUAUUAAAAAAGCGUUCGCUUUUGGAGCGUAAUUUACAACAUGAAAUCAAAGAGGAAAUGAACACAGAAUUAUUAAGUUCCUCAGAAAAGGUGGAUGCAAAUAAAAAGUUCUGUAGCACCGCUGGCGGUGGCUCUAGUGGUGGGGGCCUAACAACCAAUGAAACAAAGAAACCAACUAAACAGUUAAAGAAUCACAACGCUCCUCUAUCACCAUCAAUGACACCGUCCAAAAAUCCGCACGGAAGAUCACAGAAGAAAGUCAAUAAGAAGAAGGAGAAAUUGUAUUGCAUUUGUCGCACACCAUACGAUGAUACGAAGUUCUAUGUUGGCUGUGAUUUGUGCAGUAACUGGUUCCAUGGUGAUUGUGUAAACAUUACAGAAGAAGCAUCUAAAAAAUUAUCUGAAUUUAUUUGUGAUGAUUGCAAGCGAGCUCGCGAGACCCAAGAACUGUAUUGUUCGUGUCGCCAACCGUAUGACGAGUCACAAUUCUAUAUCUGCUGCGACAAAUGUCAAGAUUGGUUCCACGGUCGUUGUGUGGGUAUUGUGCAAAGUGAAGCAGAGUUUAUCGAUGAAUAUAUUUGUCCACAAUGCCAGCGCAACAAUUCGGUAAACUUGGCAAAUAUGAAGAAUUUAGCCGAAAAUGAGACGAUCGAAUUGAAGAAACUUAUUAAGCAAAUUCAGUCACACAAGAGUGCAUGGCCUUUUAUGGAGCCAGUGGACCCAGAAGAAGCGCCCGACUACUAUAAAGUCAUUAAAGAACCUAUGGAUCUACAAAAAAUUGAGAAGAAAUUGGAUACAAACGUGUACACUAAAUUAUCGGAAUUUAUUGGUGAUAUGACGAAAAUUUUCGACAACUGCCGCUACUACAAUCCAAAAGAUUCAUCGUUUUACAAGUGCGCCGAGACUUUGGAAGCAUACUUUGUGCAAAAAAUUAAAAAUUUCCGGGAAACUGUGGUUAGUCAAAACUAAAAUAAACUAAAAUCCACUGUAAAAAAUGCCGUACCAAGCGUUUUGCGGUCAGUGUUGGUGCAAAUAAUGUAAAUAGCUAUAAUUGUUGCAUAAUAUACUGUAUAAGAACGUAUUAUGCCUAUUUUGAUUAAAGCUCACCACACGUAGGUUAGUUAUAUAGAUUUAAGCGUGUUUUUCAUAAAAAAAAGAAAAAACAAAAAAGUCAUCAAGAAAAGAACUUAAAGUAAAGCUAAAACAUUGUGUAAAAAUCUUACUACAUGAUUUUCUCCUGUAAAUAAUUGAUCAAUGCAUUUAGCUGCGAUAGUAUUAAGAGCAAAAUACAAAUACACAUACAUGUAUUGUAUUGUAUGCUUUUUCUUUUUUAAUUUGAGAAAGUAUUAAUAAAUACUAAAAGAAGCAAAUGUGUAAUUUUAUUUAUUGCCGCAGAUUAUAUUGUACUUUACUCGUCUAAUUUUUGUUAUUGUAACAACAUGAAGUUUAAACUAAACUUGUAUUCAAAAUGAAUGAAUCUUAUUUUAUUGAAACGUAA